AUGGAUUUCCUCAAAGAAGUUCCGGCUUCUGGCGGUAUAAGAAGUAGAAUCAAGGAAGCCAACAGCAAACAGGACUUUAGCCUAGAAAGCUUGAAGGCCUCCUUGAGUGGCACGAAGAGUGAAAUCUACGGUAUCAAACCACAUCUAAUCCUCUACUUCGCUUUUCUAUCCCUAUAG